UUUUUUACUUUGGGUACUGUAAGUAGGCUUUAUUUUGAUGCUAAUACUUUUUGACUUUCACUUAAGAAAGAUUUUCAAUGCAGGACUUUUACUUUUUUAUAUUUACAAUUUUCCAUUGCUAGCCAACUUUUACUUAAGUGAUAACUAAGUAACUGCUUCCCCCACUGGGUUAAACACGUGUCUUUGAAGUCAAUAAUGUACUGGACCUACACUGAAUUUAAGUGUUAUUUCCUCAUCCAUAUUUGAGUAGUUUAGCGGUACCCUCUCCUCCGCCUCCCCCCAUUAAACCUGCUCAUUCCGGGGCUUGGGAAUAAUGUCGCUGUCACUGUUUGGGGGGGCUCGGUCACAACGCGGGGAAGUUGCUCGCGGUUUUUCUGCGUUGCCAUGGGGUUUUGUAAAACCUAUUGACUGCGAUAGGGUCCCUUCUAUUAUUUGAGUCCGUCUUUGUGGAGAAGGAGAAGGAGGAGGAGGAGGAGGAGGAGGAAGAGGAAGAAGAAGAAGAAACUGCUAUUACUUUUUCCUGACAGAGGCGGGGGGUGAGCGGUAGUAGCAUCCAGGGGAGGAGCGAGGGUCUCGAGGCGAAGUACCGUUACGUGCACGAGCGAACCUCCCUCCCACUCUUCCAUCCAGCGGUGGAGAAAAUACAACUUUCUGAACGGCUGCCACGACAUUAGUUGCACCUGAAGGUACCGCAUCCUCAGCGCGCCAGAGAAAUGAACUGAGGACCGAGCAGCAGACGACACGCGUUUCUUGAGGACGUCCGAUAUUCAAAAGACAAACCAUGAGGUUACAGAAGAGCCCGGGAUUGGCCGCUGUGCUUUGCCUGAUCAUCUGUAUGUGUGCCUUCUAUACAACAGCCUUCGACAUCCCGCUGGAGGUUUUAGGUCAUGUAAACAUCGAGCAGCUGCCCACCAUCACCGAUCAGUCGCCCAGCUCUCUCAUCGCCUUCCCCUUCGACGAGAGCUUCCCGAUGAUGUGCGAAGCCAAGGGAAACCCCGAGCCAGAAUUCAGAUGGACCAAGAAUGGCCAGGAAUUCGACCCCGAUCUAGACCCCCGACUGAUGAAAGAGGAGAAUUCUGGGACCUUUGUGAUACCUAAUAAUGGGAACCUCACUGAGUACCAGGGAAACUAUCGCUGUUACGCCUCAAACAGACUGGGGACCGCCAUAUCCAAGGAGAUUGAGUUCAUUGUGCCCCAUGUUCCGAAGUUUCCUAAAGAGACCCUGGAUCCUGUGGAGGUGGAGGAAGGCCAGGCUUUGGUUUUAGAGUGUAACCCCCCUCAAGGGAUACCCCCCCUCCAGAUCUACUGGAUGACCAUCAAUCUGCAGCACAUCGAGCAGGAUGAGAGGGUCUCCAUGGGGCUGAACGGAGACCUCUACUUCUCCCACGCCAUGGAGAAGGACAGCCGGAGAGACUACUGCUGCUUCGCCGCCUUCCCCAGGAUACGCACCAUCGUUCAGAAGAACGCCAUGUCGGUCAUCGUCAAGACAAAAAACAUGAGUCCUGAAACCGCUAACGCCAUCCUGGAGCGGAGACCCUCUCUUCUGACGCCUUCUGGUGGCAAGUCAGAGACACAGCUGGUCAAAGGGGAGGACCUGACAUUGGAGUGUAUUGCUGAGGGAUUUCCAACUCCUCAGGUAGAGUGGGUGAAGAUGGGUCAUCGGCUGCUCCCCUCUAAAGUCAUACAGGAGAACCACAAGAAACAGCUGAUUGUGCCGAGGGUGGAGCUGGAGGACAGCGGGAAGUACAUGUGCAAAGCCAAGAACGCUCUGGGAGAGGCCGUCCAUUACUUCAUGGUGACGGUAGAAGAGCCUCCGGAGUGGGUGGUGGAGCCGGAGAGUCAGCUUAGUAUGAUCGGAUCAGACGUGCUCAUCAAGUGCUCGGCCAGCGGGACGCCCCGCCCCAGGAUCACAUGGAGGGUGAACGGAGAGCCUCUGCAGGGUUCCCCCGCUGCCAACAGGAAGGUGUUUGACGACACCAUCAUGCUACACAACGCCAAAGAGUCUGACAGCGCCGUGUAUCAGUGCGAGGCCUCCAACAAACACGGCACCCUUCUGUCAAACGCAAACAUCAUGGUCAUGAAUCUGGCCCCCAUGAUUUUAACCAAGGAAGGGGAGGAAUACACCGCAGUGGAGGGGAAGGGAGCGAUGAUGCACUGCAAUGUGUUCAGCUCUCCUCCUCCUACUAUCACAUGGAGCAGGGACGACUCCCCUGAAUCCGUGCAGGGACAGAGGUUUAGUGUUCACGACAACGGGUCGCUGGAGAUCUACGGCACGGAGAAGGACGACAUGGGACAGUACCAGUGCUUUGCGAAAAACACAGAGGGGUCGUCCGCCCUCAACGCCAUGCUCUACGUGAGAGAUCCCACCAGAAUAGUGGCGGCCCAGGAGGACCUGCAGGUGUUAGUCGGUACCACGGCCCAGCUGUCGUGCCUCGCGCAGUACGACAAGUCCUUCAACAACGACUUUGAGCUCCUGUGGGAAAAAGACGAUAUACCAAUAACCCUGAACUACACUGAGAACUCAAGAUACUUUGUGGAGAAUGGAGUCCUUCAGAUCACCAAUGUGAGCCACAGGGACCAGGGUCUCUUCACCUGCGUGGCCAGGACCCCGGUGGACCGAGACGCCGCCUCAGCGCUGCUCAUGGUGUUAGAUGUCCCCGAUGCUCCUGAGUUCUUGGUACUGUCGGACCACAAGAGCAGGAGUGUGAAACUGAAAUGGAACCCCGGGGACGAUCACAACAGCUCCACCACAGAGUUUAUCAUCGAGUACGAGGAGAGCCAGUGGGAGCCCGGAAGCUGGAAGGAGCUGCUCCGAAUACCUGGGAACCACAACUCUGCCGUGGCCAAACUCCACGGGCACGUCGACUAUCGCUUCAGGGUGUCCGGAGUUAACGAUGUGGGGAGGGGGCGUCCCAGCGAGCCCACGGAGAGAUACAAAACCCCGGCCACAGCUCCCGACAAGAACCCUGAAAAUGUCAAAAUUGAAGGUCAUUUGCCUUAUGAAAUGGAUAUCCACUGGGAGCCCUUGCUACCCAUUCAGCACAACGGUCCGGGUUUGGAGUACGAGGUUUUCUACAAGAGACAAGGGGUGGAGGAGGACUGGCAGAAACACACGGUGAAGAGACACUCGUUUGUGGUGACGAACACCCCCACCUUCGUGCCCUACGAGAUCAAGAUCCAAGCCAGGAACAAUCAGGGCCGGGCCCCCGAGCCAAAGAUAGUGUCCGGAUACUCAGGAGAGGACUUUCCCUCUGCUGCACCUAAGAAUGUAUCCGUGGAGGUGAUGAACAGCUCGGUGGUCAAGGUUAGCUGGAUGCGUGUACACAAGGACACGCUACACGGACAUCUGGGAGGCUACAGGGUAAACUGGUGGCGUAUGCGAAGCCUGGCCGACUUUAAGAAAAAACACGGAGACAAACAGACGCUGGCGUUCCCCGGGGACCGAAACCACGGCGUGUUGUCGGGACUGACGCCUUUCUCCGAGUACAGCCUCAUCGUCAUGACCUUCAACGGGAGGGGCAACGGCCCAGGCAGCCAUCCCCACAACUUCAAAACCCCAGAGGGAGUCCCGGAGAAAAAUCCUGUUUUCGGGGUCACGGAUGUUCAGAAGCACACCGUCUCCUUGGUGUGGGCCGCGCCCUCGGAGCCUAAUGGGAUUCUCACCGGGUACCUCCUCGAGUAUCAGCUCAUCAACGAGACGGAGGAAGUGGGCCCCCUGCAGACCGUAAACAUCAGCAACCCGGACACCAACAAGUGGAUCCUGCGCGACCUGGAGCCCUUGAGCAAAUACAAGCUGUACCUGCGCUCCUGCACCACCAUGGGCUGCGGGCCCAUCAGCAGCGAGGAGUGCACCACCACCCUGGAAGCAACUUCCACUCUGGCUUCCCCUGUUGGCAUCAGCAAGUCAGCCUCCCCCUCACCUCCGAGCACUCGAAGGUCCCCCGCGACCAAACCCACUCGCUCCACCAUAGGCCUGGCCAGCGUCCACGGAGGAAUCUCCACCCAGGGCUGGUUUAUCGGCCUGAUGUGCGCCAUCGCUCUCCUCACGCUCAUUGUGCUGAUCGCCUGCUUUGUCAACAGAAAUAAAGGAGGGAAAUAUUCCGUGAAAGAGAAAGAGGACCUUCACCCAGACGUGGAGUCCCAGGGCAUGAAUGACGACACAUUCUGUGAAUACAGUGACAACGACGAGAAGCCACUGAAGGGCAGCCAGCACUCGCUGAGCAGAGAGAUCAAAGCGGGGGACAGCGGGGACAGCCUGGUGGACUACGGAGACGAGGACGUCCAGUUCAACGAGGACGGGUCCUUCAUCGGAGAGUACGCCGGGCGAAAGGAGAAGAGGGUGUCCGCCGAGAUCAAAGCCCCCGCUCAGACCCCGGCGUGAGGAGCGGUACUUCCAUAUCCCCCCCGUGCGGACAUUGAAACCUGCAGGGAGGACCCAGAGCAGACAGACAUUAUCCACAGAGCACAGUGUUGUGUCAAUCGUAAUGCGUCAUUACUGCCACCCUCAUUUUAUACAGCUCCGUUUUGUCAAGUUGCAACAGUGACCAUUACUAAAUGCUGUGUAUAUAGAGUGUAUAUUGUACGUCCUUUUUUUACAAUUAUUAUUUCACACAAAAAGUUUAGAGGGCUUGGAUUUUGUUUUCUUUUUUAUCUGCAUUACGCACUGUUUGUACAAAUGUUAGGAAACUCUGUGACAUGUUAUGGAGAUGGUAUAUUGUCUUGUAGCAGCCCACAGACACGUGGGAAUAUCAAGUUGAUAUUUGUUUUUCAAUUGGAGCAUAAUACUGACAUUUUAUAUUUGAAAUUGAAUCAUUAAAUAUGAUGUAAGAUGUGUAUAAAGGUUGCUUAUUAACUUAUUCUAUCUCCGGUGGUUUUGUACCUGAGGAAAUAACAAGGAACGUUGCAUAUCAUAAACAGUGAGUCAUGCUCCCUGUGAUGUUAAAAUAAAAUGUAGCUAUUAUUUCUUUAGCAUUUAAAUGGACCGAUCAGUCUGUUCUUACCAUAACAGCCCCGUACACUGCUAUUACAGAUAUGAAAGAGAUAUACAAAUAUUCUAAACAAGUAUACAUUUGCAUUCAUCAGAUUAUAAAAAAUUGAUGUGUAAGCCAGUCACUUUUUUACCAGAAUUUGUAUUAAAAGUACAACUGUAGUUGAAUCCAGUUUGUAGAAAAACAAUUUUACAAUGGUACUUUAGCCAAUUGCGAAUAUUUUAAAUAAAAUUGCUCUUAAAACAUGAUUUAGGUAUACUAUAAAGAUAUAGUCUUUAGAGGAAAUGUUUGACAUUUUGGGAUAUAGGCUUUUUAAUCUUUGAGAAUGUUUUUACGGUAAAUUUGAAGCUACAGCUAGCAGCCUGUUAGCUUGAAGCUACAGCUAGCAGCCUGUUAGCUUGAAGCUACAGCUAGCAGCCUGUAUGUUGAAGCUACAGCUAGCAGCCAGUUAGCUUAGCAAACGGUUUUGGUCCCAAAGGUAACAAAGCCAGUCUACGAAUGAUCUAAAACAUUAUUAAACUUGCCCAACAACAUCAAACUAAUCCUUUUAAAGAAGUUAUCAUGUGAUUUGUAAUUGUACUUUCAUAGUGUUUCAUAAUGUUUGAGGACUUGAGAACGGAAACAGUCCAUAGUUUGGGUCGAGCUUCAAAAGAUUUGUCAAUACAUUUGAGACUGCAGCUAGCAGACGGUUAGCUUAGCUUAACAUAAAGUUAUUGAUCCAAAUUAUGAAUUAUACAUUUUCAAAAACAUCAAACUUUUACUUUAAAGUAGUAGUCAUGUGAUUCAUAAUUGUAAUUCCAUAGUGUUUCAUAACCAUUUGGGAACUUGUGCUUUUAAAAAUAUAGUGGAUAACAUGGAAACACCCCCUUGUUUGGGUUAAACGUCAACAAUGCCAUAUCCUACACGUCCCACAAUCCCUCUUUCUUCCAUUAGAAAUAUGCUCUGACAAAUAAGUGCCCAUAUAAGAAGAAAAUGCACAAUACCUGUAAUGCAUUUGAGACUUCUUUUGUAAUCUGGUUAUAUGGUAUUAUAUAUACCCUGUGGAGAUAGUGUUAGUUCCUAACACGCCUUACUCUGUUACUUUCAAUAUAGCCUACUGCCAUUCAAAACCCAAGCUUCAUGUGGUUCAGCAUUAACAUUAGCACCAUGAUCUGAAAAUUGCAAUGUUUUGUAAAAAAAAAUUCAGCCAUUGCAUGUUAAAAAUGUUAAUUGGUGUUUUCGAUGUCAUUAAAUUGCUUUACUUUCUUA